CAACACCAAACAGCGACGCCCUCCGCCGCGAUGGACGAGUCGACGCUGUGGAAUCAGCUGUGCCUGGCAGAGGAGGAUGUGGAGCUGGAGUCUCCGGAGGCUGCACCGCUGGAGGCUGCCAAGGACGAGGAGCUGGCAACAGCGAUCGCUCUGCAACCUGAGGCGGCGGUGCAGAUCACCUUGGGCCGCGAGGAGGCGCUGCGCGCCCAGGCGGCGGCGAGCGCCGGGGGCGCCCCGGCGGCGCGGGCGGCGGAGGCGGCGCAGCUCCGCGGGGUGCGGGUGAGGCAGCUGAUGGCCAACUUCGAGCUGGGCAUCUCCCUGGACCUCGCGCAACUGGCGCUCCAGGCGCCCAAUGCGGAGCGGCGUGGUUCAACGCUGCACGUGAGGAGCUUCAACCCGCGGUACGGUGCCAUCCUCCACCAGAGCGGGCGCGUGUCCAUGCACAGCUCGGGCCUCGCUGAGGAGGAGGCGCGGAUGGCGGCGAAGAAGCUGGCGCGCAUGGUGCGGAAGUGCCACUGCGCGGCGGUGACCUUCAAGCGCUACACGGUCCGCAACGUGCAGUUGGCCGCGAAUUUGCCUUUCAGGCUGCAGCCGGAGAGCGCCUGCAAGGUGUUGGGCGCGCUGCCAGGGUUCCAGGUGCUGAAGGUGACCAGGAAUGCGGUGGAGGUGGAGGUGAAGGACCUGGGCUCAGUGUUGUUGCAGUCCUGCGGGCUCCUGUUGACGCAGCGCAGCAAGUCGAUCGCCUUGUCCCUGGCGGCCAUGAAGGCCGUCGCACCGAGUCUCCAGGAGUGUGGCAUCUGGUGGUGAGGCGUCCAUGCCCCGCUGCAAACGCCUUCCCCGCGCAAAGUGUUCGCGGAUGGGCAC